GGCCGCGUCGUCACUUCCGCCUGGCAGGGAGAAGAUUUCCCGGCGUGCCCCGCGCUGGCCCUUUUCGCCUCACGCGGCCCAAGAUGGCGGACACGCAGACGGAGAGGGCUUACCAGAAGCAGCCCACCAUCUUCCAGAACAAGAAGCGGGUGCUUCUGGGGGACACUGGCAAAGAGAAGCUCCCUCGCUAUUACAAGAACAUCGGCCUGGGCUUCAAGACCCCCAAGGAGGCCAUCGAAGGCACAUACAUUGACAAGAAAUGCCCUUUCACGGGCAACGUCUCGAUCCGAGGCCGCAUCCUGUCAGGUAAGAGGCUCCUGGGGGCAAAGAGGGAAUACGUUCUCUUUCACUCGGUGGCACUCCUGGCCUCCUUGUCCUGCCCUCCUCUGAAGCACUUGUGUUUCCCUUCUUUCUCCAGGGACGUCCAGAUCGGGGACAUUGUGACGGUGGGCGAGUGCCGCCCGCUCAGCAAGACGGUCCGCUUCAACGUUCUGAAGGUGACCAAAGCCGCCGGCACCAAGAAGCAGUUCCAGAAGUUCUGAAGAAGGAAGGCAGGCAGGAGCUUCCCUCAACUCCCAAAUAAAGUUUUUCUAAAGACC